UUGCUAUUACACUGAUUUGCGAUUAUCAUAAAGCGUACUUCUAAAGGAAGUAUAGACGCGCAUGCGCACCGUAGUUUUGUUUAACUACAUCUGAACUCUGGACCAGUCUAAAGUUCAACGACCAAUAAAUGUAUUUUUCUUAAAAAAAAACGCUUGGGCUUUGCUCAUUUUUGCUUUUUGCUGCUUCGAACAAUCUGAAGCACAAAUAUAUUGCCAUCGAUUAAAUAAACAAUCGAAGUUGUACAUUCUCGUGUGUGAAUUGUAGAAUGUAGAUGCACAUCAUCUACAAAAGCGCUGCAGACCAUCUCAAUUAUCAAUUGUGGGUCUCGGUUCUGCAGUACAACUCCGCAUAUUCGUCUGCGCCUUACAGCCAAAAUAAUUCGUACUGCAGUUUUAUACUCAACGCUUUCACUCUUCUUAAUAAACUAUCGCGCUACUCGCAACGCUUUACCUUCGCGAAUUGUUGACUUGUGCAAUUUUUAUCUAUAUGCGCACAUUGACUCGCAUCGUAUAUACCUUUCUUUCAUGACGUUUCGUUAAAUUUGUAAAUCUCGAUAAAUAGCUCGAUAAUUCUCGUCAAAUUUUUUCAUUCGUCUAGUCACGCAAGCAAUGAAAACAAAUAUUACGACAAUUGGCUAUUGCCCCAGCUGAUAUUUAAAUUUGUGAUUCUUUACCAGAUCAUUUUAGUACCCAGGGUAUAACUAAUAUUCAUCUAUUAAGCUAUCUGAUUUCUCAACCUAUUUUCGUCAAAGAAAACAAUUAAAAUGAAGGAAGAAGGAACAACGUUGCAAUUGAUCAAUCUGCCUGAUAUAGUUCUGGAGACAAUACUUUCUAAUCUUACCUACGAUGAAAUUGCCAAAAACAGAAUAGUUUGUAAAACAUUUGAUGAUAUAUGUAAAAAGUUGCUCAAUCGAGGAUUCAACCUAAUGGAAAAAUAUCAUGCGAGGUGCUUAAGAGCUGUAAAAAGUCAACUACCACGCAGAGAAUCGGAAAGGAGAACUCAUCCUCUUGCACGUCAUUGUGAUAUCUUAACAGCUAUAGAAACCAGAAUAUCUAUGCUGUCCAUGACAUUUACUAAAUAUGUAGAUUUAAAUCUUUGUUGCUUCAUACCUGGAAAGGUCAUCGAUGAAAUAUUUAGAGUCUUGCGUCUUAUUAGAAUAAGUAAAACACCCCCAAGAAUCCCUGAAAUACUUCAAGAAUUGCGAGAUAUUAGCUGCAUGGCAAUGGAACAUUUUGAUGAAAAAAUUUUACCAAAUUUGAAACAUAGUAUUUAUACCUCUGUUGUUGCUAAUGUAAGUUCAUAUGAAAGCUUAAUGAUCUCCCACCAUAGUUCUAAUUCAAAGGGUUCACCACUUCCGCAUAAUUUUGGUGUAGAUAAACUUAAUCAAGCAUUUAAAAAAAUUUAUAGCCGUACUAAAAAAAAUAAAAAAACAGUACUAUGCGUUAAAGGACAAAUAAGUAAAAUGAAAUUAAGAAUGAAUAGGCAAUCGUUUCAAAUGAGACUACAAAAUUUAAAAUUACAAGAACAUACAAAAAAAAUUCAAGAUCAAGAUGCUCAGUUAGCAGAAAUGAGAAAACAUUUAGAAGAAUGGGAACAAAAAUUAGGCGAUUUAACUGCUGAAUUAAGUCGUGUCAGAGAAGAAAUACAAAAAUCAGAUUCGUUAGAAAAUUGCAAACGAAAAAUUGCAGAUAUCUCAGUUCCUUGUGAAUCUAGUUUACUCAAAACAAAAGAUCUUCAAGUUAAAAAACGUAAAUUAAUUGUAGAAAGAAAAUCAUCUAGUGAUAAUCAAGACAUUAAAUUUAAAAAAUUCAUGUCAGAACUUCUUGCAGAUAGUUCUAUUGGAUCAUACCCUUCAGCUUCUCAUUAAACUAUUUAAUUUUUGUCAACUUUCUACUUUAUUACUUAGUAAAGCCAAACUUUUACAAUUAUAAAUUUGAAUAUUCGUU